AUGGCCUCGGUUCCGCCGCUAGUCCCGGCACAGCUGCGCCCCACUCGGAGAAGAAAGGGUCGCGCCACUACGCUCCCCAAUCUCGAGUCCUCGGACAUGGACGCCACUUCUACAUCCGCCAUCAGUCAUCGACCCAAGGUCCCUGUCGUUGUGCGCGCCAGCCCUGCUAGCAGACGAGGCAGCGAACCAGCUCCCAAGCGCCGGCUGGCUGAUCGCAUUACCUCCUCUCCUGCUCGGCUUGCUUCUGGUGCGCUGAGCGUACCAGGAGCAGAGCCGGAGAUCAAGCCCACGGAACCACGGCGUGUGCUCCAAACAAGAGCCCGCUCGUGCGAUCACGCAUCAACCGUCUCUGCUGAGGCAUGGGAAGAAUGGCUCACGCAAGCACCAGCAUCAACCACCGCCGUCUGGCUGAUUCUUCCAAGAGUCCAAGCGAGGGCUGCGCGGCGUACUGGUCCCGAAGCUGACCCCACAAGACCCUCAUGGGUGUCGCUCACCGAGACGGGGCUUCGCUGGGGCUGGAUUCGGGGCCACCUCAAGCCAAGCGGGGCACCAAACUACGAAGUGUGUGCCCUCUUUACACGUAUUUCACCAAAGACGCGUUGGAGCUUUGGCAAUCAGCAGAUUCUAGAACAACUUCUCGACGCCAACCAGGUGGUACCGGCUGUCGCCCAAGCGCUUGCCCCCACCCUGUCCUCGCCACAAUGGGAGGAACUGCACGCAGUCGGCCGGGGUGAGGCACCUCCUGAUCUUCUCGUAGCUUUGCAGCCAAGCGCCAGUGCUAAGCGUAACUGGGAGGCUUUCCCCCUGAGAGUGCGGCGCAACAUGCUGCAAUGGGUCCACGAUGCGCGGGAUCUUCACAUUCGAGCACAACGUAUUGCCGAGAUUGCUGCACAAGCCGAGAUCAACCUUCAAGCUCGCUAG